GAAACGAGGUUCCUACGUCAUUUCCAACUCUCAACUCGAAAGAUUUGAUCCCCCCACUGGCCACUGCUCAUAGUCGCAGAAGUCCGUAAAAUUGCUCAGCCAUAUCACUAUAUCAGUCAUGUCACUUUCUUUCCGUUUAAAUCCCCACAUUUUCCACCCAGUUUCUCGCUCAAGUAAAAAUCUAAUCUUUAAUCCCACAAAGCCCCCAUUCUUAAUCCCUCCAAGAAAAUUCCCACACAAAAACUCACCCAUAAUCAGAUCUGCAAAUGGAGAAUCACAGCAAUCAAUUCCCAUUGAUCAAGAAAAACCCAGAUGGGAAAAAAUGGUUUCAGAUGCAGCAAGCUUGUAUCCAAUUUAUGUUACUCUUGGUGGGGUUGUUGCUUAUAUUAGGCCUUCCACAUUUUCUUGGUUUGCAGAGAAGGCUCCCACUUCUUACAGCCUGGGACUUGGAUUGAUAAUGCUGUCUAUGGGUCUUACUCUAGAGCUUAAAGAUUUGAUCAAUUUGUUCUUGCAAAAUUCUUUUGCUAUAAUAUUUGGAUGUGUAGCUCAGUAUACGAUAAUGCCAGUUUUGGGGCUUGUUAUUAGCAAGGUUUUAGGGCUGUCACCAUCUCUUUCAGCUGGUUUGAUAUUGCUUUCCUGUUGUCCUGGUGGUACUGCAUCCAAUGUGGUGACUUUAAUUGCUCAAGGAGAUGUUGCAUUAUCCAUAGUCAUGACUGUUUGUACCACUCUUGGAGCAGUGCUGCUUACACCUACUUUGACAAAGAUACUGGUUGGAACUUAUGUUCCUGUAGAUGCUCUUAAACUUUCCAUCAGCACCUUGCAGGUGGUAGUCCUGCCGAUCCUAUUAGGUUCUUACAUGCAGAGCAAAUUUCCCAAGGCUGUGAAGCUUGUGACACCUUUUUCUCCACUAUUCACUGUAUUGGCUGCCUCAUUGCUGGCAUGCAGUGUGUUUGCUGAAAAUAUUGUUCAUCUGAAAUCAUCGAUGGCGAGUGCAUCUCUGUCACCUGACCUGUCUCCGCUUCUUCAGUCUAAAGCAAUAUUCUCUAGUGAAUUGGGAGUUACAGUACUUGCGGUGCUGUUGCUUCAUUUUGCUGGUUUUUUUGUAGGGUCUCUCUGCAGGUAUAUAUCCGCAUCUGUUGCCGGGUUAAGGGAAACACAGCGGCGCGCCAUAUCCAUUGAGGUCGGAAUGCAAAAUUCUUCCCUAGGCGUUGUUUUGGCGACCGCACAUUUCAGUUCACCCAUGGUUGCAUUGCCUCCUGCAAUCUCUGCCGUAAUUAUGAAUGUAAUGGGUAGCAGUUUGGGCUACUUCUGGAGAUGCAUCAAUCCUGCUGAUUCAAGCACUAGUUCUACAGCAGGUGAUAGGUAGCGUUUUUUUUUUUUUUUUUGUAUAAGGGAGAUUGUUUUACCUCCAGGUUUUUUGGUCCUUUGAUUCAUAGAUAAACACUUUUAGUGAUAUUGAGACCCAAUUACAUCUCAUGCACAUCUUUAUCUCUACAGUAUCUUCAUACAUUAUAGGAGUAUUUUGGUCUCAAUUCCAGCAAAGGGUGUGCAUAUAUCACCUUUUUUUU